CGCGACGCGCGCGCGGCGACGCGCCGAUUCGACGAUGGCGGGCGACGGCGCGACGCGCGCGUCGGCGACGCGCGCGAUCGACGACGCGCGAUUCUCGUUGGCGAACAAGAUGCACGGGCAGUACUUUCAGUUGUACUUUAACCGGCUGCAGGCGCUGAAACCGCGCGCGCGCGAGGCGGCGCGCGCGCGAUGGCCGACGAUGCCGACGCGCGCGGUGCUGGAGCUGUGCGAGGACGAGGCGUGCGUCAUCGUGGGGACGAUUUAUAAGGAUAUGAAGGAUAAACCAAUCAUACUCGACGAGUACGUCAAGGGAUACGGCGAGGAGGCGGAGGGCGCGGCGGCGACGACGCGCGAGGAGCGGGCGACGUACACGCGCGAGGACGAUGGACUAGAGUUCGAGGACGAGGGCGCGCGAGUGAAACUGCUGGGCGUGGACGCGGGGAAAUUCGUCACCGGGGUGGUGUGCGCGGUGAAGGGGAAGGCGGUGAAGGGAGAUUUCCUCGUCGACGACGUCGUGGCGUACGCGCCGCCGACGACGGGCGAGGCGAAGAAAUCAAAGUCCGAGGCAUCGACGGCGACCAAAUACGUGUGUUUGGUCUCUGGAUUUGAGAUCGGUGGCAACGAUGCCGCGGCGUCGGCGCGCAAUCAAAUGUUUGUCGAUUACGUCACCGGGGCGUCCAUCGCCUACGGCGACGAAUCGCCGAGCGACUCGGACGCGGCGAAGAUUUGUCGCGUCAUCAUCGCCGGUGGGACGAUGGAUUUAAAGACGAGCUCGGAAGAACCUUCGGCGGCGACGAGUGAAGCGCUCAAAGAACUCGACAUCAUGCUCGCCGAGCUCGCGAGCGCGGUGCCCGUGGACGUGAUGAGCGGGAAGACGGACCCGACGAACAAGGCGAUGCCGCAGCAACCGCUGCACCCGGUGUACUUUCCCGAGGCGUCAAAGUACGAAAAGACGAUGUGUUUAGUGACGAAUCCGCACGAUUUGACGGUCGAUCAGACCUCUUUCCUGGGCACGUCUGGGCAAAACGUCGAAGACGUGAUGAAAUUUAGCACCAUCGACGCCGACGACGUCUCCAGCGCUUUUGUCGGCGCCGCCGCCGCCAAACGUCCCGUCGCCGCGUUGACUCAAACCUUGCGAUGGCAACACAUCGCCCCGGGCGCCCCCGAUACGUUGGCGUGUUACCCUUUCAAAGACCGCGAUCCGUUCGUCAUCGAACGCACCCCGCGAGUGUACUUUGCGGGAUGUCAAGACGCGUUCGGCUACGAGCGCGUUUCCCACGACCCAGCCGCCGGAGUCGCCGACACCCUCGUCGUCGCCGUGCCGAAAUUCUCAUCCACCGGCAUCGCCGUCUUGGUCGACAUCGACACCUUAAGCUGCCGCUCGAUACAAUUUCUGUAGGACACCAAUCGUCUCGCGUAGUAGAAGUUUUG